AUGAUUGGUGGUAUUGUUACUCAUGCAGGCCUCAUUUCCACUUCUGAAAAAACCUUCACUGAACAGCCCCUACCAGCCGAAUUGGAAGAUCUUGUUGUAGUGCCUAAGAAUUUCCAAAACAUCCUGGCCCUGGUGUUUGGCAUAAAGGAGAUAAAUGAAAAUCCUCAGGUUCUACCCAAUCUCACUCUGGGUUUCUGCAUCUAUGACAGCUACAACAAUGCAAAGAGGACCUAUCAUGCUACAAUGCUGCUUUUAUCAGCAUUGGAGAGAUUGAUCCCUAACUACAAUUGCAACCUACAGAAUAAUCUUCUAGCAGUCAUUGGGGGGCUGGACUCCCAAAUCUCCCUCCAUGUGGCAACUAUCUUGGAUAUCUACAAGCUUCCUCAGAUCAUAUAUGGUUCUGCUCCAGUAAUGAAUGAUAAGACCCCAGGCCUUACCUUCUACCAGAUGGUCCCUCAAGAAGUCCUUCAGAAUAUGGGGAUUCUUUCUUUACUUCUGCAUUUUAGGUGGACGUGGAUUGGGAUGCUUAUUAUGGAUGAUGAAAAUGGAGAAAGAUUUGUGCAAACUGUGUUUCCAUAUUUCUCCAAGAAGCAUGUCUGUUUUGCCUUCAUAGAAAAAAUACCCAAAUUCAGACUUAUCAGUGAAUUUUCUGGUAUGUUCAAACAUGCGGCAAAAAUAUAUGAUCAAAUGAUGGGCGGCAAAGUUAAUGCAUUGGUGGUCUAUGGUGAUUCUUAUUCUCUGGUGCUUUUGAGAUGGUUCAAAUAUUUGCCAAAUAUAGAAAAAGUAACUGCUAACCCCAAAGGUAUAGUAUGGAUAAUGACAGCCCAGGUGGAGCUCACUUCCUUGGUCUACCAAAAGGAUUGGGAUGCAGAAAUAUUCAAUGGUGCUCUGGCCUUAACAACUCACUCCAAUGAUCUACCAGGAUUCAAGCCAUUUCUGGAGAGCAGAAACCCUUCCAGUAUGAAAGCCGAUGGAUUUAUCAAGGAUUUCUGGCAACAUGCCUUUGGUUGUGCAUUCCUAGAUCAGGUUCUGGGCAACGAGGAUGAGAAGGUUUGCACAGGGGAGGAGAAGUUGGAAAGCCUUCCAGGGACCUUCUUUGAAAUGAGCAUGACUGGCCAUAGCUACAGUAUCUACAAUGCUGUCUAUGCUUUGGCCCAUGCGUUGCAUGCCAUGUCCUCAUUGAAACUCAAAGAGAGAGCAAUGGCAGGUAGAGGAUGGCUGAAGCUUCAGAAUCAAGGUUCCUGGCAGCUCUAUCACUUUCUUGGAGGUGUCUCUUUUAACAACAGUGCUGGAAACAAGGUUUCCUUUGACCAGAGCGGGUCUCUAGUUGCUGGAUUUGAUGUUAUCAAUUGGAUCGUAUCUCCCAACCGAUCUUUUCAUCGCGUGAAAGUUGGAAGUGUGGAUCCACAAGCUCCUCCAGACCAGGCUUUAAGGAUAAAUAAAGAGGUUAUAAUAUGGCACAGCUGGUUUAACCAGACACAGCCUCUUUCUUUAUGUACUGAAAGUUGUCGUCCUGGUACAAACAAGCAAUUGCAGGAAGGAAAGCCAUUUUGUUGUUAUAAUUGCAACCAAUGUCCAGAAGGAAAGAUUUCAGAGCAUGAGGACACAGACGACUGUCAUACGUGUCCAGAAAAAAAGUAUCCAAACGAGAACCAGGAUUUCUGUAUUCCCAAGAUUAUAACCUUCUUGUCUUAUACUGAGCCUUUGGGUCUCAGUUUAGCCUUCUUUGUUCUUUCCCUUUCUUUGCUCACAGCUCUGGUGAUAGGAAUAUUUAUGAAACACCACAACACUCCCAUAGUCAUUGCUAACAACCGGGACCUCACCUAUGGUCUCCUCGUCUCCCUCCUGCUCUGUUUCCUUUGUGUGUUCCUAUUCAUUGGCCAACCGCAGAAGGUGACGUGUCUCCUCCGACAAACCACGUUCGGCAUCAUCUUCUCAGUGGCUGUUUCCUGUGUGCUGGCAAAAACCAUCACUGUGGUUCUGGCUUUCAUGGCCACAAAGCCAGGAUCCAAAAUCAGAAAAUGGUUGGGGAAAAGGCUGGCCAGCUCCAUUGUUCUUUCCUGCUCCUUUAUUCAAACUGGCAUCUGCACUGUGUGGCUGGCCAUGAAUCCUUCUUUCCCAGAUAUCGACAUUCACUCAGUAGCUGGGGAAAUUGUAAUGGAAUGUAACGAGGGCUCUGUGACUAUGUUUUCCUGUGUCCUGGGCUAUAUGGGCUUCCUUUCCGUUGCCAGCUUCACUGUGGCAUUCUUUGCCCGGGAGCUGCCUGACAGUUUCAAUGAAGCCAAGUUCAUCACUUUCAGCAUGCUGGUCUUUUGCAGUGUUUGGUUAUCCUUUGUCCCAACCUAUUUGAGCACCAAGGGGAAAUACAUGGUAGCUGUGGAGAUCUUCUCUAUCUUAGCCUCCAGUGCUGGAUUGCUGGGUUGCAACUUUUUCCCAAAAUGUUAUAUUAUAUUAUUGAAGCCUGAGCUGAACAACAGGGAACACCUCAUCAGAAGAAAAGAAUAA